AUGGCCUCCCUCCAGAACCUCUACAGCAGCCGGAGUCUGCAACCAGGCUACGGGUCAAACUACAACGUCGACUAUGUCAUCCACUACCAGAUCCCCCAGACCGAUCCCCAUGAGGCCGAGGCCGCUUACGUCCGUCUCAUCGAAGCCCUCGUCAACGUCGGUCUGACCACCGAGGUGCGCCCCGGCGACGCCGACUCCCUGCUCAUUUUCGUCAAGAUCGCCUCCGACAAGGUCUUGAGCGAUCAGAUCUACCGCUCACGCCUCGGUGACUGGCUUCAUGGCGCCCGCACCGUCGGCCCCGACCAGGAGCUCUCCGCCACCCUCAAGAGCGAACCCGUGACCGAGGCCGAGCGUCUGCGUCUCGUCUACCUCCUCAUGACGAAGCCCCGCAACGAGGGCGGCGCCGGCAUCACGCCCGGCACAGGCGCCUGGAAGCACGUCGCCGGCCUCUUUCCCUUGCACAACCACGACUUCAACCGCAAGCUCAUUCAGAAGAUGAGCACAAAGUACACCAUUGACGACGACGACCUCGACGGCGUCCGCAACACCUUUGGCGAGAACGUCGCCUUUUACUUCGCCUUCACCCAGUCCUACCUCACCUUUCUCGUCUUCCCGCGCCGCCGGCUUCUCUGCCUGGCUGCUGCUCGGUCAGUUCUCAUGGUUUUACCGCCCUUGCGAGCUUGGGGUGUCCGCGGCGUCUCCAAAAUCCAGACUCCGCGCCCGCAGUUCGAGUUUGAGCACGAGGCCGAGGACCCCGUUACGGGCGAGCCCGUCAAGGUCUACUCGCCCUUCAAGCGCCUACAGACCCAGCUCCUGCAAAUUCCCUUUGCCGUCGCCUGCAUUCUGGUACUCGGCACCCUCAUCGUGACGUGCAACUCGCUCGAGAUCUUCAUCAAUGAGGUCUACAACGGCCCAUUCAAGCAAUAUCUGGCCUUCCUCCCCACCGUCAUUCUCGUCGUUAUGACGCCUACCUUUAGCACUGUUCUGCUGAAGUUCGCCGAGCACCUCACACAGAUGGAAAACUACGAGACGAUCGACGCCCAUCACGCCGCCCUCGUCCAGAAGCAGUUCGUCCUGAACUUCCUCACGUCGUACAUGGCCCUGUUCUUCACGGCGUUCAUCUACAUACCCUUUGGCAACCUGCUCCUGCCAUACCUCGACUUCUGGCGCGCCGCCGCCCAAAAGAUCGCGCCCAGCGACAAGUUCUCCACCCAGGAGUUCGUCAUCAACCCGGCCCGCAUCAGCAACCAGAUGUUCUACUUCACCGUGACGGCCCAGGUCGUCAAUUUCUUGACCGAGACUGUCCUCCCCUACGUCAAGCGCAAGGUCCUCGACGAGGCCAAAGAAGUUCAGGCCAAGAUUUCGAGCAGCAGUGCCGGCCCCAAGGUCCCCGAUGUUCCCGAGGAGGCUGACUUCCUCGCACGCGUCCGUAGCGAGGUUCUUCUGCCCACGUAUAACGUGACGGAUGAUUACCGCGAGAUGGUCAUCCAGUUCGGCUACCUGUCGCUCUUCUCCGUGGCCUGGCCCCUGACAGCGUGCUGCUUCCUGAUCAACAACUGGGUCGAGCUGCGGUCUGACGCUGUCAAGAUUGCCAUUAGCAGCAGGCGUCCUAUCCCGUGGCGCGCCGACUCGAUCGGCCCGUGGCUCGAUGCUAUUGGUUUUCUGUCGUGGCUCGGCACCCUGACCAGCGCCGGCAUCGUCUCGCUGUGCAGCGGCAAGAACCCUGACGGGCCAGCCGGCGCGCGAUCCGACAUCAAUGCUGUGGCUGUACUCCUCAGCGUCUUCCUCGCCGAACACUUUUACCUCGUCGUGCAGAUGGCCGUCCGCUUCGUCAUGACCAAACUCGAGAGCGCCGGCCUGCAAAAGGAGCGCAAGGAGCGGUAUCUCAUGAAGAAGAGACUUCUCGAGGAGAACCUGCACCAGGCUGUUGAAGAGAAGGCGGUGAACCCGGGCAUCGCCAAGAGCGACAAGAUCACGCGCGAGGCGCUGGAGGAUGAGGCCCGCAGGGCUUCGGUCCGUGGAAGUGGCGGUUCAGACGAGAUGUUCUGGCAGCGCCAGCGAGGCAUUGACGACACGGUCCAGAUCGGUCGGUCUCUGAUCUCCAAGAACGCGACAGAGGUGCCCGCGGCGAGCGGGACGGGUUUGCGUUCGAGCAAGACGACCAAGAGUGGGCAGGCGCAGGUGUUUGAGACACUGCAGAAGCAGAGAAAGGGAAUGUGGUGA